CAGUCUCUCUCAGCUCUCGGGAGGGACAGGGAGCCGCAGCCGAGGAGUAGGAUGCUCUGCGGGGCGCCCUGAGCCGGGGGCGCGUGAAGCAGCUUCAGGGGCCGAGGCCACAGGGCAGCUUUCACCAUGCAUCAGUCCCUGACUCAGCAGCGGUCCAGCGACAUGUCCCUGCCGGAUUCCAUGGGAGCCUUCAAUCGGAGGAAACGAAACUCCAUCUAUGUCACCGUGACUUUGCUUAUUGUGUCCGUGUUAAUUCUCACGGUGGGCCUCGCUGCAACCACCAGGACUCAGAAUGUGACUGUUGGAGGUUAUUACCCAGGAGUUAUUCUUGGCUUUGGAUCUUUCCUUGGAAUCAUUGGAUCAAACCUCGUGGAGAACAAACGGCAGAUGCUGGUGGCUUCCAUCGUCUUUAUUAGCUUUGGUGUGAUUGCGGCCUUUUGUUGUGCCAUAGUCGACGGGGUCUUUGCUGCCAGACACAUUGAUCUGAAACCACUGUAUGCUAACCGAUGCCACUAUGUUCCCAAGACAUCCCAGAAGGAAGCUGAGGAGGUCAUAAGUUCCUCAACCAAAAAUUCUCCUUCCGCGAGGGUUAUGAGGAACCUUACCCAGGCAGCUCGAGAGGUGAACUGCCCUCAUCUCAGCCGUGGAUUCUGCACACCUCGCAUCCGGGGCAACACCUGCUUCUGCUGUGACCUCUACAACUGUGGCAACCGGGUGGAGAUCACCGGUGGCUACUACGAGUACAUCGACGUGAGCAGCUGCCAGGAUAUCAUCCACCUGUACCACCUGCUCUGGUCCGCCACCAUCCUCAACAUCGUCGGCCUAUUCCUGGGCAUCAUCACUGCCGCUGUCCUGGGGGGCUUUAAGGACAUGAACCCAACUCUCCCAGCACUGAACUGUUCUGUUGAAAAUGCUCAUCCGACCGUUUCUUACUACGCUCGCCCUCAAGUGGCAUCCUACAAUACCUACUACCAUAGCCCUCCUCAUCUGCCACCUUAUUCUGCUUAUGACUUUCAGCAUUCCAGCGUCUUUCCAUCUUCCCCUCCCUCUGGACUUUCUGAGGAGCCCCAGUCUGCCUCUCCUUCGCCCAGCUACAUGUGGUCCUCGAGUGCUCCACCCCGAUACUCUCCUCCCUACUAUCCGCCUUUUGAGAAGCCCCCCCCUUACAGCCCCUAAAGAGGAAUGCCUGCUGGCUAUUGAGAUUAUUGUGGCUUUUGUAUUUCUGCUUUAGUGGAAGUGUGUAGGGUACAAAAUUUAAAGUGUGAUUCUUAUGCAUAAAGUUUUACAGUGGCCUGCCAGGCUAGGAAAAGAUAGGGAAGAAGCUUAUUUGUUACCGGUGCAGAGCAGGGGUGGCUAGGCUGAGCCCAGCAUUUCCAAGGGCAGCGCAAAGCUGGGGAGCCA